GUGGCCACAACGGUCACUUCUGCUCCCCGCAUUACAAAGAUGGGCAUCAAAUCUUCCAGCGACGACGAGCUUUCCGGAAAGGCAGCCCACAUUCAAGUUGCUGUUGCUUCGGUGGAGCAUAAUGGCAUAGAAACGUCUCCUCUCAACCAGGAAGACGAAGCCAGGCUGUUGAAGAAGAUCGACUUAUUCUUGAUUCCAAUGUUCGGUGUCAUGUAUUUCGCGUGUUUUCUUGACCGUGGAAACAUCGGUAAUGCCAAAAUUGCUGGGAUGGCGACAGAUCUGCAUCUUGUCGGCAACCAAUACGGAGCUGCCGUUUCAGUGGUUUACGCGACUUAUGUCAUCUUUGAACCCGUUUAUGCUGUUUUGCUCAAGCUUCUUACCCCGAAAUUCGUUCUUUCGGUCUCUGCUCUGAUUUUCGGGGCACUUACUAUAGCUACACCAUUUUCUGGCUCAUAUAGACCGCUGAUGGCGAUUCGGGUGCUUCUUGGUUGGUCUGAAGCCGGUGUUUUCCCCUGUAUUGCAACUUACCUUACGAUGACCUACCGUCGUGAAGAGUUGGGGAGACGACUUUCUUAUAUUUUCCUGUGUUCCGCAAUUUCUGGAGGUUUCGGUGGACUUCUAGCGUUUGGUCUAACACACAUUUCCACUGACUCCUUGUCUGGAUGGCAAUGGUUAUACAUUGUUGAAGGACUCUUCACUGUUGCUCUUGCUCCCGUCGCCUACUUUUGGAUCCCAAACCGCAUUGACCAGGCAUGGUUUUUGAAUAACGACGAGAAGGACAUGUGCGCUGUUCGAUAUGAGACGAACAUGACGCAUUACGAUCCAGACGAAAAGUUUGAUAUUCAACUAGUCCUUCUAGCAUUCAAAGAUUGGAGAACUUGGGCCAGUGGUGUCAUCCAAUUUGGUGCAGACGUCACGCUUUAUGCUAUUUCUACAUUCAUGCCCGUCCUUAUCAGCGAUAUGGGAUACUCUUCUUACCACGCGCAGCUUCUUACCGUUCCGGUCUAUGUCAUCGCCGCGCUUUCAUUCAUGAUCCAAGCUCAAUUUUCUGACCGCCUCUUCCUUCGUGGACCAUUCAUCAUUGGGAACUUCUUCAUUCAGAUCGUGGGCUACAUCAUUCUUGUCACAGCGAAGCCCGUUGGAGUGCGUUAUUUCAGUGUCUAUGUGGUUGCAGUGGGUCUUUAUACACCGACUGCACUCAACGUUGGAUGGACGCAAAAUAAUUUUGGCCCUCAUUAUAAGCGGGCAGCUGGGGUCGGCCUCAUGCAAUUUGUUGGGAACUCUGCCGGUGCUUGCAUAGGUCAAAUAUUCGAUACCCGCCUGCAGCCUUAUUACCAUCGUUCCUAUUACAUUUCCAUUGCGCUUACCGCGCUUAGCAUGAUAGUAGCGACCUUUGUGAUGCUCUAUCUUCGGGAAGCUAACGAGAAGAAGGCCGAAGCGGUGGCUGUAGGCGCUCCAAAUGAGCCCCAUCUUGGCGAUAAGAAUCCACACUUCACCUUUGUAUUGUAAUAAUAGUCCAUGAUACUUUAAUAUGACCACGUAGUACUCAUUUUAU